UUAAAAUUUAGUUGCACCCUCUAUAUGUGAGGCAGUGCCACGUCAUUGAAAAGGAUUAUUGAUAUCGGAAAACUUCAAUGGGCUUCAGAGAGCCACAAGACGGUCGUUGACGGUGACGGCUACGGUAACGCCGGCGUAAAUCUAUCGGACGAAUGACGAUGCGCCGUUCUCCAUUCUCCGUCGUACUCUCUCUCUUCUUCCAAGCACUUACUCUAGCCGUAGCCUUCGAUCCUUCGCAGCAGGACGAAUCCACAAUCACCGCAACGCCGAUUUUACAGGAUGUGUUGAAGGAGAUAUCGGUGAAGCAAAAGUGGAAUCUGGAGGAAGUUAGAUUUUCGAAAUUGGAAGUUAAGAAACUUCGUGUUGGUACCGGACGGAGCUUUGAGAUCCGGAUCCGAUUAGGGAAGAGCAGAUUCAUUUUCGUCUUCCCUGACGAAGUAACAGAUUGGAGAAGAAGCGGCGGAGGAAGACAAGUGGAGUUGACGGAGGUAAUCCGGGAAGUUAAUUCGAGUAAGGUUCUUGAUCCGAUCGUAUUGAAAGGUCCACUUGAGAUACGAGUCGCCGGCGAUUACCGUCUCUCGCUUGCCUUGCCGGUACUGUCUCGUUCAUCUCUUACUGUUUCUAGCCCCGAGAAGAUGACUCAAAUGGACCGUUCUAAUGAGAGUUUGUGCUCUUUAAGUACAUUAGCUCGCUCUGUUACAUAUGAUUUUGCAUUGAAACUCUGUUAUUGUGUUUCUUCAAGAUGCAGAAAGUGCAGAAAAUCCCUAGAAGCCUCUGCUUUGCUUAAGCCUGAAAGUUCAUUUCGAUGUAUUGAAGAUGAUAUUUGUUGUGGCAAUAGCUUGUCACUGAUGAUUCGAGCUUAUGAUUUGGUUUUUCAGAUGAACAUCACACACAACGGUUUAAAACGAGUUCUUGUCAGUGAAGGAAUCUCAGUAGAGAUAAGGGAAGCUCAAGCAGUCUCACUGUUCCACUCAUCGAGUCGAAGAUUCGCUGCUACUGUAGAACCUGUUGAUGUUAAAGAAGGAAGUUGUGUAUGGUCGUCUCUAGGCUCUGUGUGCGUGCCAUUGCCACCGAUACAAAUCAUAGGAUCAGCUUCAUUGGUUGCAUUUAAGACUCCAAAGACGGAUUCUCAAAUCAAGGCUUCUUACUUAUCCGAUGAUACAAUCCAGUUACUUCCUGAAAAAUGUUAUAGCAAAGCUCACACGUAUAAGCAACAUCAUCUCCCAACUGAUCUUCUUGGCUUGAAGAUUAACAAGUUGGAGAGAGUUCUAAACUCUUUACAGAACAGUGGAAACGAGCAAAGUGUAAGCUAUGUGACAGCAAAGUUAAAGGCUUCAGGGAUGGUUCGGUUUCAGUUAGAUAUCGAGAGAAGAAUUGGGAGCAACGAGAGUGUGACAAGUAAAAGAGCAGAGUGGAGAACGAAAGCUAAGAUCGAACGGGUUUGGUUCGAAGUGACGGCGAAAGUUGAAGGUGAUAAGUUGAAACCAGUGGGAUUGAGAAAAGUGGUGCCUUUCAUUGAAGUGGAUACAGAGGCAUGGAGUAAUUUGAUGUCUAAUAUGUCAUUCACUAAGUUCCCAUCGAUACUUGUUCCUCAAGAAGCUUUAACACUCGACGUCAAAUGGUAG